GGUUUGUCUUCCUCUUUGGACCUCUCUAUCUCUCUCCCUCUCUCUCUCUCUCCAUUGAUGAACCUCCCAAAACUCACAUACAUGUAAAGGUUUCAAGAUUCUUUUUUCAGAUUCACCCAAACUAUAUGCAUGCAUAUGAUCUUUAUAUCAACCGUUGAAUCAACAUCAAAAACGUACGUUGUGAGUUCAUAACCUUUUCGUCCAUUAGCAAUUCUAAAGAGGAAGAGUUAGAAGGGAUUGUGAGAGAUUUUUCAAGAUCACCAACUUUCAUUUUCCUGAUCAAAAUCUUUGGAAAAUUUGUGAUCUUUAGAUUGAAUCAAGAUUGGCCCAUGAUUGAGGAUGUCUUCUCAAUCCCUAACUGAUGACCACAAAACAUCACAAAACACCGCUACGUGUGUGUAUCAAACACAAGUUGGUGGCUCUAGCAGGAAUGUAACGGUUGUUUGGGAGAAAAACACCAUGAAUCAUUCUCUGGAUAUCUCCAUAGAUAGUGUGUCAUCUGAGGUUCAUCCGAAUCACAAGAUCGACCUCAAACCAUGGUGUUUUUGGGCGAAAAAGGGUUGCAAAACAAUAGAAGUUGACUCGUAUCAGAUUGAGCUUUAUUGGGAUGUCCGGUCAGCAAACUAUCUUGCGUCGCCGGAGCCAUGCUCGGACUUUUAUGUGGCAUUGAUUCAUGAAGAAGAAGUUGUGUUGUUGAUAGGUGACAUGAAAGAGAAGGUAUACAGGAAGACGCAAACACGCCCUGCAGAAGUGGAAGCUGCCUUGGUUUUCAAGAAAGAGCAUAUGUUCGGGAAGAAAAGCUUUAUGACACGGGCAAAAUUCGACCCGAAUGAGAAAGAAUAUUGUGAGAUUGUGGUGGAGAGGUCGCCUGUAGGAUGUAAAGACCCUGAGAUGUGGAUCAGAGUUGAUGGGAUCGUGGUGAUCCACGUUAAAAACUUGCAGUGGAAGUUUCGUGGAAACCAGACUGUCUUGAUCAACAAACAACCAAUUGAGGUCUUUUGGGAUGUGCACGCUUGGCUUUUUUCCAGUCGUGGAUCGGGUCAUGGAUUGUUUGUAUUCAAGCAUGAUCAACAAGAGUCGGAUAAUGAUCACCGAGAAGAUGAUAAGCAAAGUACUGGAGACAAAGACAACGAAUGCAAUGUUAGUUCAAAUAGUUCGACAAAAUUACGAUUAUGUCUUAUUCUUUACGCUUGGAUGAUUGACUGAUCAAGUAGGUACAUAUAUACAAGUAUAUAUAUAGAUUGGAAAAUCGACAUGAGAAUUGAGAUAUGUACAUUUGUUCUCGAUGAAGCAAAGGGCUAUAUGAAGCAUAUAAUAUGUGAUUAUG